GAUGCACAGCAAUCGCCGGGGAAAACUGAAAAUUCAGUACGCGUUUCAGGCCCGUCGUUUAAAGCUCACCGUUUUCAUGAAAAAGCGCGCUCUAUUCACAAACAUGGAUAAAGCUCCAGUGAUAUGUGAAUGAAUCAAGCACUAAACCAAACACACGAGAUAAUGGCCACCUUCGGGCGCUCCCCUCUCUCCAGGCCCUGAACGCCCCCUUGAUGCAGUCCCCUGCCAUACCCGGACCCCAUCCAGCAAGGCAUUUGCCUUCAGAAUACAAAUGAGGAUGCGUAAUGGAGGAAGGGCUUCUCUGGACGACUCUGGCACUCAUGGCUGUUGCGAGCGUUCUGGCGCCCGUCGCAGGAAGCGAGCACGUGAAAAAGGAGAACGUCGAGGAGAGCCUGGAGGCCAUCCACGACGUGGCGACGAAAAGUCUGGGCUCGCUGUGUGUCACCGAGAAAUUCCGAUCGUUAAGCGUACCUUUAGCAACGGCGCGAUUCGAAUCAGCAAGGCAAAAAGCGGAUCUCGUUGCCACCCUUUUGCAGGAUCUAGGAGUCGCCCACCACAAUGGUUUGCAAGGUGCAGUCUCAAAAAACCUCCUGGUUUCCGACCAGAGCGUCCUCUCGGCACGUGUUUUAACAAUGAACGCGACUUCUGGCACUUUGAUAAACUGUGCUUGGUGGCAGCGCCAAGGCCUGGAGGUUGGAGAGCCGCGAAAAUUGCGCUGCGACGAAUUCCUGGAAACGGGUCACCGACCACCUUCGGAAUACCCAUGGUAUGAAGAUGCCGGCUCUAGUCCGAGUUUGCAUUCGCCCAAGUUCAUGGAAAGCUUACCGAACGUGUCGUACAAGGGGUGGUGGACCUACCCGUACUACUCGUGCAAGUCCAGGCGGUGGCUCAUCUCGUACAGCGUCCCCAUCCCGCCCCCAGGACGUGGAGGUCUGAAAGGUUUCUUGAGUUUGGACGUGGAUGUGUCGCACCUGGAAGUCAAUCAGUGCGAGCCAACCACACCCAUUCCGACUAAUUCCAAUGAAAUAUCAGUCUUCCAUGGCACACACAAAUGUCACAACAGCACGUCUCAGUGUCUAUAUCAAGCGCAAACAGCAUCCUCUAAUUGGUCCAGAGGGAAGUAUCUCUGCGUGUGCCGACCGGGGUAUUAUUCGCCGCAUUACGAUGGCGUUUUCAACGGGACGCUAGUCGAGGUUUCGUGGCAGAAUCGCGAGGAGAACACCAGCGAGGGCGACUCCUGGAGCACGAUUUUCCAGUGUCGGAAAUGUGCCCCCGGUUGCCACUCCUGCACUGACCCCUCGCCUUGUCUCGCCACAUAUCACUGGCCCUUCAGGAUCACUUUGCUGGUUUUCAGUGUUAGUUGUGCCCUUUGUACGAUGAUUAUCAACAUCUACAUGUUCAAACACAGGAAACUAAAAGUUUUCAAAGUUGCAAGUCCUAUCUUUCUCAGUAUUACACUCUUCGGUUGUGCCAUUAUGUACAUGGAAAUGGCUGCGAUUUUUCCAGUUUUGGACGCGUAUUCUUGUAUUGCGACCAAGUGGUCGCGACAUUUGGGUUUCUGUAUCACUUAUACCGCGCUAUUGAUGAAGACGUGGAGAGUUUCGUUAACUUAUAGGGUCAAGUCGGCACAUAAAGUCAAAUUGACUGAUAAGCAACUUCUACAAUGGAUGGUUCCGAUUUUGUUAGUUAUGUUGAUUUAUUUGGGGACGUGGACGCUUUCGGACACUCCAACGGCGGAGGAAAUCGUCGAUAAUGAGGAUUUGAGGUUCAAACAGUGCGUGUACAACUGGUGGGAUCACAGCUUGGCUAUCGGCGAGGUCCUGUUCCUGGCAUGGGGCAUCCGCGUGUGCUACAACGUCCGCAACGCCGAGUCCCUCUUCAACGAAGCGCGACUAAUCAGUUACGCAAUCUACAACAUUGCAAUCGUAAACAUCCUCAUGAUCGCCUUCCACUUGUUUAUCUUCCCUCGAGCCGGCCCCGACAUAAAAUAUCUGCUGGGGUUCAUCCGAACCCAAUUAUCCACAAGCGUGACCGUGGCCUUGGUCUUCGGCCCCAAAAUAAUCCGCGUCUUGCGCGGCUUGGGAGACCAAUGGGACAACAGGGCCAGGUCCCGGGGCGUCACAGCCUCCUUCUCCCUCAACGGGAUCGGGCUGGUGCCGGAGGAAGCGCCCGAUUUGUACCAAGAAAACGAGGAAUUGAAAGAGGAGAUCCAGAAAUUAGCCGCGCAGAUCGAGUUCAUGAAAAUCGUUCACAUGGAGAUCAACAACAGGCACGUCAAGCCCAAAAGUGGGGGCUAUUUUACGACUUUGAACGCCCCGACGGUGGUUCACAGCCCCCUGUCGAGGCAGGGCUGCCUGCUCAGCAAAGCCCCCGAGGAGCUGUGACCCCCAGAUCGCAAAAAGCCGGUUUUUGUUUAAUUUCCAGGAAGUAGUCUUCCAUCAUUCGGUUCCCUUCGGCUCAAAUCCAAACGAUUCGUUUACUUAUUCAAAAUCAAAAAGCUAAACGACUGAUUUUUAUAAUAGAUUGUAGGAUCGCUUACCUUGUGUGAUAUUGUAGGGAAGAGUUAUAGACGCGGUAGGAGUUACUAGAGCGACAUAUUUAUUAAAGACAAACUGUUUGAUGUAAUUAAUGUUGAUCUAUGUCAAAAAUUUAAGCAUCAAUGUUGAACAGGUGUUCGUUUUUGUUGGUUGAUUUGUAAAUGUGUAGGUUGUUCAAUAAAUCAGGAAAUACCGCAGUUCUCUUCCAGAACAACCGUUCCGAAGCACAGUGGCGGUGUUUCCCCUCAACUGAGCGGUACAGGAAUAAAAUGCAUUUUCGUUGUUCGUUGAUUUAGUCGGAGAAAUUCGGUUCGCAAAAUUAAUUCGCUUUUUACUCCUCUACCCUUCACUUUUGUGAUAGAUAACGUAGUCGGUGAACGACAAUACAAUAUAUCAAUUACUCAAGACAGUCAGUACCUGCUUGUUUAUCAAAAAAUUGGCCGACAACUCCAACUUAAAUAUUCUCAAUGUUUGUUGUACUUGAUGUGACAAUUGAUGUUUUAGUGUCGCAGUCUGUGGCGCAAAAAUGCUAAAUGAGCCCUCACACGAGAAAUUUAUAAUGCAUUUUAUAAAUUUCGCAAUUUUUUUGCACCGCAGACUGAGCUGUAGCACUCGAUAUUUAAACUGGAACUGUUGGCGGAAUCUUGGUACUGUCGCUACUUAUUAAGUUGGUUGUUAAUUUAUUCCAAAUGUUCUAUAUAUUUGUAUUACAAUAAAUGUGUUUGUAAAA